GCUCUGCUGUGUCACGCUGACGUGAGGUCUGCUCGUGAAUUUAAAAGAUGACCAAGGCGGCCGGAUGGCGGGACAAGGCCUCCACCAGCUCCUCCACGCCGAGGCCCCUUCCUGGUCCCCACCGGGCUCGGAACCCAGUUUCCCUAAUCCCCACCUUUCAGGGUGUAGUAGGGUGUUCCAUUUCCGCCCAAAGUUCCACUCCCCCGCCCCGCUGCCUCAACGCCCGGGGCUGCGGACCGAGCGCAGGAAGCAGGAGGCGCAGGGUGGCUGCAAGUCGGGACAGCGGACUCGGGUGCAGACACCCGGAGUUCCCGGGGAGAAUUAUGGAGUGGGGCUGCGGCUUUCCAGGAGAGUGGGGACGCGAAGGGGGGGUGGUGGAUACUGCGCCCCAGGUCCGGCUCUGACUUCAGCAGCCCCACCCGCGCCAGCCUGGGCCCGCCGAGGCACAGUUCCCGCCAGUCCUUAGCGAGCCCAAUACAUCUCGAGGGCUCCAACCAGGCCCAUGCACAACCUUCUCGCCGGGAGGCCAGGCUCUCCUUGGUGCCUCUUUUCCUUAAAAUUCUUUUGAGUUGUUUCAACUUCCCUAUUCUAUUUGCUCUGCGCACACGCGCAUCCCGCCCCACGCCGGGGCUGCGGGAAAGACGCCUCCUGGGAUCGCUCCUGGCCGGCUCCUGGACUCCUCACCGCAGGCUGUCUCACGAGAAAAGCUGGCGAGUGCCUGUUGGGUGACGGGGGCGCCUAAGUGUCGUGUGGGAGGAAGGUGACCAUUCGCUGAUCUGGGUCCUGCCUGUGGGAGAACUCACAGACCCAGGGACCCACAUCGCACCCGCGCGUUUCUGAGGACCACCCAGGUCUCCUCGCCUGGCCCGAAGGGCUGAGAAACUCAGCACAGCCUGGACGCCGGGCGCAGGCCGCGGCCGCCACCCGGAGGGGGGCGGCGAUCAGGCACCGCUGUGGGGGAUGGGUGCGCAAGCCGCCAUCUGCCCGCCGAGUCACUCGGGUAAACACGCCCGGGCCGCCGGCGUGCGCUGCAGGGAACCCGGAGGGACCACCCCCGCCUCUACCUGUCCUCUGCCUGCACGCGCCGGCGGCCCAGGCGGCGCGGGGUGGGGCUUGCCCGCCCUGCCGCGGGGGCGGAACCUAGCGGGGGCGGAACCUAGCGGGGGCGGGGCCCGCGGUGAUUGGGCGCGGGCGCUAGGCCGCCAGUCUGAGCUGGGCUGCAGGGCCGCGCAGGUUUCACUUCGCUCUGCGCAGCCUCUGGGCCUUGAGCUUGGUGGAGCGCUGCGUCCCGCGCUGUCGCCGCCAGUGUAUUCUUGCAGUUCUCCUGCGAGCCUUGCCCCACUGCAGUCAGUACCGUGUCCGGCAGCUCGAUUUGCCUUGCUCCCGCCGCCACCGCCUCGGCGCCCUUCCCUGGCCCUGGUACCCCCAAUGUCUGACUCUGACUCCCGAACUGAGAAGCGCAAGAAAAAAAAAGACCAAAUGGCCAAGCAACCUUCCGAUGUAAGUUGUGAGUGUGACAGAGAAGGUGGACAAUUGCAACCUGCUGAGAGGCCGCCCCAGCUCAGGCCUGGGGCCCCUACCUCCCUACAGACGGAGCCCCAAGGUAAUCCCGAAGGCAGUCCCGAAGUCGAAGGGGAACGCUGCCCCCACGGCAGCCCGCAGGGCCCGCUGGCCCCACCGGCCAGCCCUGGCCCUUUUGCUACCAGAUCCCCGCUUUUCAUCUUUGUGAGAAGAUCUUCCCUGCUGUCUCGAUCCUCCAGUGGGUAUUUCUCUUUUGACACAGACAGGAGCCCGGCACCCAUGAGUUGUGACAAAUCAACACAAACCCCAAGUCCUCCUUGCCAGGCCUUCAACCAUUAUCUCAGUGCAAUGGCUUCCAUGCGGCAGUCUCAGGCUGAACCUCCGGAUAUGCGCCCAGAGAUAUGGAUUGCGCAGGAGUUGCGACGCAUCGGAGAUGAAUUUAAUGCCUCUUACCCAAGGAGGGUUGUAAGAUGCCUUUUCCCUUCCAGAGGGAAGCAGUGCCAGUUGCUCCAAGUCACUCCUGUCGUUCUGGUGGUGUACAGUGCCGAGCCCGUUCAAGCUUCCCCUUGCCAGCGUCCCUCAUUCCUUCUAUAAUAGAGGCUGUGUCAGGGACUCUGGUCCUGCACGUCAGACCCUUUUCCUGUCUUCCCAUGGGUUGUGUGUCCCUGUAUGUGGUGGGAAGUGUGCUGUAGUCACAGUUCUGUCAUCAAACAGGAAGUGUCACAUUGAUGAAUGGGCUGAGGGUAUUCUUGUGAUACUGUGUGCGGCCGGUGCAUGCCUGACAUCCUCCCGCCACACGUGGGCUCACAGAUCAUAAGUACUUGGCAGCCCACAUCUGAAAUGAUGAUUUUUUUUUUUUUUGAAGGUUGGUUGAUGUUGUAAUUCGUCACUAAAGUUAUCAUAUGUUCUCUGCAGUUCUUGGGGUUUCGGUGUCACUGCGUGUGACUAGCCUUGGUUCUCAUCAGAAACUGGCCCAUGGUGUCUGGAAGGUUGGCCCUCAUGCUAAAGCAAGGAGGACAUGGGUCCCUUCAGGAAAGCAGGUGGUGACAGUAGAGUCCUGGAUCUGGGGCUGUGUCUGGAAUCCCCCAGGAUGGGUUGGAUCAUUUCUGAGCCAAGGCAGCCAGCUGCCCGUCAUGCUGGGACUGAUGCCUGCUGUCUCGAAGGGGCUCUGCUGGUUCCUUGGGACUGGAACUGACUGGGAUGGGGCUGCCCAGGAGGAGCCAGGCCAGGCACUGAGUGUCCACUAGCUGCUGGGAGUGCUGCACACAGCCAUGCUACAUAGCUGCCCUUCUCACAGCCAGGACAGAGCCAUUGGCCGCAGAACUGGAUGUGUUUAAGGGUGUUUUGAAAAAGUUUCUCUAAACCACAAAGUGUGAACUCACGACUCUACAAGGCCUCCUGAAGGCCUGCCCAGAUGGGCCCAGUGAGGCAGGUCCCUGGCAGGGAUGAGACAUGGGCGAAGAUGGCACAGCACUUGGAGCACAGCCCGUCUGUGGGCAUCCUCUGACAAAGGCUGUGACCAUGCUGGUGCACGGUUUGAAACAUGGGAGUUCGUGACCUUAUCUCGACAUUGAGGUUGAGAUGGCAGCAUCUGUGUGUGUGUGUGUGUGUGUGUGUGUGUGUGUGUGUGUGUGUGUGUGUGUGUGACUUCCCUCUUCUCCCAGUGUUGUUUCAUUGUCUUAUUUACUGGGCAUAUAAGACAGUCCUGUCUGUUUUUUCCCGUGAUGUUUUUUCCAUGCUUUUAUUAAAGUAAAUUUAUGUUAGGCCUGUUGCACUAUUUUGCAAGAUUUUGUAAUUGUGCAUCUUAUUUUGCAUAUCUUAAAAAUAAUUCAGUGCUAAAAGGCAGUCACUAAGAGAGGACUUUAGCUUUUGUAGCAGGCUGGGAUACUGGCAGAAAGGACUAGAAAUAGAUGCUGGUUAUAACAUAAUUUUUCUAAAAUGAGGACAGUCACAUUCUCCAGAAUGAAUAUAAAUAGCCAAUUUAGAGUACGAACCCUGAAGCUCUGGACAGUCCCACAGUGACUUUCAAAGCCAGCAGUGCCUGUCUUGAUAGUUGUUAGGUCAGAGCAGCCCAGCAUUGGUGAUCUCAGUGACAUCCAUUGCCACACAUGGGGAGGAGGACGUGGGGAGCAGACUGCAGUGUCGUGAACUCAGAUGGCCUGCCGUCUUUGCGUAGUGCCUGCACCUCUUGGGGAACUGGCACUUGCACUGCUGUGCCCCUCCACAGUGGUUUCAGCCUCUAAAUGUUUCCUUCUGUCUGUUUUGGCUGAUUCAGAGCCUACUGUAAAGUAUUGGUCUUUCCUUGCUGCAAGCCUGACAGGGUGUUCUCCUGUUUUUCCACUUAGAGAAAUAGAGGAUGUUAUUGCAUGGUUGUCAUGUGCUGAUAGGUGGCCUUUGGGGUGUAGCUGUGAGGCAAACCUUUAAGGAGAUGAGGGGCACAGGUGAGCACCUGCCCCCAUCCCCUCUUUCUCUUUGCUCCUGGUGUUCCCCACUGGCCUGCAGGGAGCUGCCACUGAGCUUCGCUGAUGCAUGUGUCGAUUUUUGCCAACUUGUUAUUUUGAAAUAACUUCAGGUUUACAUCAGUGUUGAAAGAAAGGUACAGAGAACUCUGCUAAUCUACCACCUUCAAGUCCCCCGUGUGAAGAUGUUGUCACAUUUGGUUUAACGAUAUCCCUCUUGACAAACGUGUAUUGUUUCUACAUGGUACCCUACUCUUGGUCCUUAAUCCUUGAGUGUACAUUUCCUAGGAAGAAGUGCGUUCUCUUACAUAAUCACAGUGUAACUGUCAAAAUCAGGAAGUGAAUUGUGUUCCAGUAGUGUCAUCUGAUCUGUAGACUUAAACUAUCAGUUGUCCUCAAAUGUCCUUUGUAUCCUGCCACCAAAAACAAAAUUAAAAAGGUAUUUUCUGGUCCAAGAUCCAAUCUAGGGUCAUUCCUUGAGUUUUGGUGUCUUGUCUCUUGUUUGAUUAAUCUAGAACUGUUUCUCAGCCUUCACCCUUGUGACGGUGCCGUGCGUAAAGGGUCUAGGAAACUUUAGACUCAGCAGUUGGUUUGCCUGAUACUUCUGCAUGAUGUGUUGCGGGUUUUGUGCAAGAGCACUGCUGUAUGUGUCCCCAGUGCCUCAGCCCAAAAGGCGCAUGGUACCCCUCUGUCCCCUUCCUGGUGCUGUUCAAGAGUUGUGUCUUCCACCAUAGGGUUAAUAGUUUUUCAUUUCAUGGCUGGCAGCAAAGAGCUUAAAAGGAGGUGCCUUCCUCUCUCCUGUAUAAUUUGUUUCAUUUGCCUUCUUGGGUUGGGUUUGACUGGUCCCAGUUUUUCCCUGGGUUAUUAUGCAUUAGUUACUCUCAUCUUAGUGUCUCACUGACCAGGCUUGCAUGGCCCUCUGAACUUAAGUAGCUGUGAGACAAAGCUCAGGCAUCAGAUUUGGUGGGGCCCCAGGAGGCACUGGUCAGUGAAUUGACUACACCCACAUGGUAUGCUGCCCAACUUGGCUCCUUACAUUUCCACACUUCAGGAUGGAACACAUUCACUAGACUUGUGGAGGGUAGGCAGAGGCUAUGGAAAGGCUAGGGAACACAAGAAUGCCAGAGGGCCUAGAGGAAAGACUAGCUCUCUGCCCUGGAGCUGAUGGAGAAUGAGCCCCUUGCAUUUGGCAGGGUGGUGUGGGGUGAUCUAUGUGGCAGCAGGGCAGCUGGUGCCUUGAAGCCUGAUGAGGAUCCUGGGGGCAGGGAGUCUACACAGACAGCCAGGUUUGUCUGUUCAGAAGAGUCCUCACUGGCUCCUCCCGAGACUCAAACUGCACGAGGGCACGUGCUGGUCUGUGCUGCAGGUGACGUCAGCGGGUGUAGGUCAUGGCCCUGUGCCAGUGUGAACACCAGCUUUGAAGGCAUGGCAUCCACUUGGUGGGCAUCUUGGCCACAGAGCAGUGAAGAAGUGCUGGGCCCUUCAGAACUUGAAGACUUCUGUCUUUGGCAUCACUAGAUCUUUCUGCAGCUGUUCUUCGCCCUCCACACUGCUGCAGGGGUCUGUGUCUGGCACCUCACUGUCAGAGAAUCCAGCCUAGAGAGGCUGCUGUUGGUGCACAAUGCCUUGGGACACUCCAGCGGUAGAUGGUUUGGACAGCUCGGAGCAACACUCUGAUGGACUCUGCAGAUGGGGCAGGAAGUGAAUGAAGACUCUCAUUAUCUGAUCACAAGAAACACUGCGUCUUUUGUUUAUACUGCCUACUUCCUUCUGUGUCCAGGGCAUGUGCAGGCAUGAAUUGAUUGAAGUGCUGCAGACCAAAGUGUAGCCCUGAGUCAGAUAAAGUAGAGGGAAGAGGUGGCCUGCAGAGUAGUUUUGAUGAAACAGAAGUUUAACGGAAGUAUCCAUAGUGUCCAUGCAUUCACAUUUUGCUGUGCUCUGACCAACUUGAAAUCUUUAUGUGCCUGUCCUUCUUGAGAAGGAUCCCUGUGCUGCCUGACCCAUGGUCUUAGAGACAGUCAUCCUCCUUCAUGUCUUGUGCAAUGGAGAGGCCCAGCUUGGAACUUGCCCAGUGACCACACAAACAGAGGGACCCAGAGAUUCGUCCUCACCAUUGUUCCUUAAGUGAAUAUUGGAAUUUCAUAAAAUAAGCUUCUGUCACACUGUGACUGUCUGGGAAAAUAAUUACUAAAAAGCUAUAUCAGAUAUGAAAUUCAAAUUAGAUUGAACUCACAAAAUUAAGAGAGGCCCUGACUUUACUCAUAGGGGUUUACGGAAUGGCACGUUUCACAGCAAAAGCAGUUGUGGGUGCUGGAGCUAAAUCUGCACCUGCCAUUUGUCAUGGCACAGUUGUCAGGUUUUGAAAGCGUUUUCCUUGGACUGGAGGAAACGGUUUGUGCGUCUAGUUUUCAGAGCCAUGCAUACCUAUCUUGGGCCACAUCUACCAGUGUCACAGUGCAGUGACACAGAGGGGGUGAGCACUUCAGUUUUUUCCCCCCGAGACUUUUGGGAGAAAUUGUGUUCAGGGUCUCAGCAGGGCUUUCUGUGACUUGUUGAGGGCGCAUUGUGAUCUUACAGGACAGUAGGACUCCUGGGACUAGAAGCUCAGGGACUUUGGGGUCAGACCUUAAACCCUGGCAAAGCCAGGAACUCUGUUUGCCUGUCUGUCUUUUAAAUGCUUUGGAACUGCUUUUGAAGCAAGAAUUAUGCACCUGUGUCCGUCUGAUUGUGCACAAAUGCUUGAGGAUGGGGUAUCAGGAGUGUUUCAGUGGCUGGCUGGUGUCAGGUUGGGUACACUGGUGUUGGUCCCCACCAUGUGUGAGGCCCAUCCACCUGGCGGGUGCUGCACAUGCAGGCUGCUUGGCCAUUAACAUAUGGCCAGAAGGAGAUGCAGGUGCCUGGAGGGGACUUUAGGGAGGUCUAAAAGGGUGAUUUUUUUUUUAAUCUCUGGAGGAGGAAAUGAAGAUGCACAGAGGAAGGCUUGGCCCUUCUGCAGACGUAUAAAAAUAAUAAGCCUCUUGCAUCACCCUUUGCUAGACUUCUACCAGCUGAACCAGGGCAGAGAGGUUUUAGUUGUGGUUAAAGCACGUUACAUCUCACUUAGCAUUUUUCUGAGGCUGGGGCAUUUCAGAACAGAGUGUUCCUGUUCCACAACUACUAUUUCAACCAGGGGCUGGAAGAGCAGUCUCUAGCUCUUCAGUGGCCAGCCACAGACUUCAAACACAGUGCUCAGGAGUUGACCACCCCAGCCAGCACCAGCCCCAGGUACUGGGGUCCAGAAACUAAAGACCCCCCAAGUAGAGGUGUGUGUUGGGCUGCGGGAAAAAUAUCAGGUGAACACAGCUCCAACUGGGAGUGAACUUGAGAAGUGAUUUUUAGUGCCACAGAAAUAUUGUUUCAUUGAAAUAGUGCAUUGAAAAUAGGAUAAAGAUUUGCUUCAUGGAAAUACAGUUUUUGUGUGACUUUUGAAAACCACGUUGUCACCAUACCAGCAUGGCUGCAGCUCUGUUCACCUGCAGUCUUGGUCUGCACCACCUCAGACACAUACAAACACACACACUCACACACUUCUGUGUGACAUCUAAGGUGUUAGGCAGAAGCUAUGUAAAUGAAAUGUCCUUGUUGCCAUGGUGAUAAAUAGACAUUGAGUUUGGUCUUUGGGUGAUGUCUGUCCAACCUGACAAGAGCAGUGGGCAUUGAACCAGGUCUGCAAUUUGAGCCAAGCUCCUGGACUUCAGUUCUUGGUGUGACAGCAGAGAGAAGGCCCAUGUGCUAGCUGCUUGCUGGCCCUUCCACCUGACCUUCGUCCCACUUGGCUGCUGUGUAAAUAAACAUUGCUGGCCUGUGAGGUGUGAACACCCACUGAGUGGCAGGGCAGUUCUGACCUGGGAGCACCGGCACGGCCCUUGGGGUUCUCCAGCCCUGGAUGCUCAUCUUGAGCACUGGAGAGGCAGACAUCGCCUUCUCAUCGCCUGGAUCUAGAGCAGAUUCCCUACAUCAGAGUCCUCCACAGCCUAGAAUCCAGUUUCCUGUAUCAUUACUGCUUCUUGUUAAUAAAUCUACUUAGGGAAACAAAGCUAGCACAUCUUAGGCAUUUCGGGUUGAAAUGGUAAGAAACAAGUUCUGGAACAAGUUAUAUUUCUCUUCACCUGAGUUGUGUUAAGUAUCCCCACGUGAGACUUUUUUAUUUACUUCUGAGAAUUUGGACUUGAACUGGCUUUGAUAGGAUGAUGGAGAUACUUGACCUUGCGCUUACGAGGCAGGCGCAGUGCCACUGAGCUAAAUCCCCGGCCCUGUCAUGUUUCCUUUGUCUCUUUGAUUGCCAGGAGACUCAUACCUACCCUGCAUUUCCAUUACUAUAAAUCUCACCCUUGGCACUUACCAUGAGUCUCUCCUUGAUGUGAUUUCUGAUCUCUCUUAACCUCUGUUUCUUUCAUUCUGUGCACAUCUUUUCACUGAACGCUCCCCCCCCAUAUCAAAUGUUGCUUGAGUUUUGGCCCUGCUCUUGGAGCCUGGAUUUGUGGGCUUGUCACCUACACUGGCUGAAGUCUGAGCUGAGUUACUGGAGUCACUUGCUGAAUCCCCCCCUCUCCCUUCACAAACAAAGCCUGAGACCUCUUUUCAGUCUGAAGCAGGGCUUCCUUCCUCUCAAAGGGCUCCAGGGUUUGGGGGCAGGGGGGACUCAGCUCUUAUUCAGACAUGCUGAUACCCAUGUCAUCUUUCUAUUCUGGGAGUUUGGGUGUGGGUCUUGGUGGUGGGUGUCUUCCUGACAGGGAGGAGUGUGGACUUUGGGGUACAUGUCCUGGCCCUGCCACCUCCAGCCAGUCACGGAGUGGAGAGUGCUACACUUGCUUAUGGGGUUGUUUGGAAGACUCAGAAGCAUCUGCCAAGUCAUUUCAUUUAGCAGUGGCAGUGGGUGGUUCUUCGUCCCAACAGUUGGUCACCCAGGAUCUGAAGGACUGGUCUGUGUACUGGAGGCCAAGCUCAUUUCCCUCUGUAGGAGAAGGAAGCUGAAGCCAAACCCGGAGCUGUAGCUGGCAGGGGGCUGGUGUCCACCUGGUCAGCUCCCUUGGGCAACCUAGAGUCAAGUUCCUGUUUGUUUCCCAAACCCUGCUUCCCUGGAUGGAGCAAGAAAGCAUUGUUUUGCUGUAAAUGUCAUACUUGAUUGUCCCAUGUGUGACUUGAAGAUGGUUCUAGAGUGUGGGCUGCAGUUGUGGCUGGUGGUUGUGUCCAGUCGUCCUGCCCAUGGCGUGUCUGGGGCAUUCACGCUGCUGUUCCUCACUGGACUGACUGCUCCCCCCCAGGCAGUGAGCUUGAACCCUGCUCUCAGGCAUUCCCUUGGCCUAUCCCCUGUCCCAGUGGCCACCCAGAUCUGUGUCACCUGCAUCAUGUGGUCUUGCAGGGUUCUGUCUGAGAAUCAUUUCACACCUUAAGAGCAGAGUGCCCAGGCCUGCCCCGUAGGGACCUGGAGACUUAAGUCCUAUGUCGCACCACUGGGGGGACUAAUCCGAGGGGGACAGUCCUACAGCUCAGUGUCCUCAUUCAUCCUGGUUUAUUAUGAGAAGUCAAAUCCUUUCUUACUUACUGUAUGCACUCAGCUGGCCAUGCUUCUCCCUUAGGGUCCAGGAAGGGAUUAACUCUGGUGCCUUCCUGCCCAGCUUUAGGUUUUAUAGCAGCAAUAGAAUUAAUCAUUAUAAGCCACUACUUAAAAAACAAAUACCCUAAUAAAUUAUUUAA